UUUUUCUGCCUUUAAAUAAUUAAGCUCUCUCUCUCUCUCUCUCAUUUUUCGUUUUUUCAGACAGAAUCUCUUUCGUAGUUUCGUUCCCUGUAAUUGGCAAGUAGAACAUAACUGGAAUCUUCUCUCUCUCUUUUUUCUCUAUUGCUCUUUCUCGUUCGAAGGUCGGCCAUGGCUACCGAGGACCGAAGAAACGAACCGGAACAAGAAUGCCUUUACAGGACAAAACUGGUACAGUUCAUGGGACGCACCACGCCCAUCAUUCUUCAGAACGACAAUGGCCCUUGUCCUCUUCUCGCGAUAUGUAACGUUCUUCUUAUAAGGAACAACCUGAAUUUGAACGCGGAUGCAUCUGAAGUCUCAGUGCAGAAAUUGCUAUCCCUUGUUGCCGAAAGAUUGAUUGAUUCUAACAGUAAUGUUGAGAAUAAAGAUGCUGGAUAUGUCAAGAACCAGCAACAAAACAUAGCUGAUGCAAUUGACCUGCUCCCUCGACUUGCAACGGGGAUUGAUGUCAACAUUAAAUUUAGGAGAAUCGAUGACUUUGAAUUUACGCCCGAGUGUGCCAUAUUUGAUCUCCUGGACAUUCCACUGUGUCAUGGCUGGAUUGUUGAUCCUCAGGAUCAUGCUACUGCAAAUGCAAUUGGAUCCAAGUCCUAUAACACUCUCACGGGGGAGCUUGUUGCCCUUGAAACCAAAAGUACAGAGCAUAAGAGCAACCCUGAAGAAGAUUCUGUUGAUUUUGCUGCUGCAACAACUGCAACUUUAGGGGUUCCCUCACCAUCUCUUUCAAGAGGUAGAUCUUUUGAUGAAUCACCCGGUGCUCUAUCUGAAAAUCAGAAAGGAAGAAAGGGAGACUUGGAGGAACAAGCUGAAGUUCUAAGGGCAUUGAAAUUGUCCGAAGGUCAAGUGGUGACUUCUGUGGAUGAGUCACCACCAGCUAAUACAAGUGGGAAUAAUAGGUCUGUAAUUGUAGAAGAGACUGUGCAUCUCCAAAGAAAUGAGUCAGAGUUCCUUGCAGGUGCUUUAGAGAGUCGCAUUAGUGUGGAACAUGAAAUACCCCAUCUGUCAGAACCAUCCAUAUCACAGGAUCCCACUGCCGUCUGUGGUGGCAAUAGUAAUAUGAUAUCGGCUGAAACUACUUUAAGGGAAAAUGAUUAUUCAUGCUCAAAGACUGAAGCUGGGAUUCAUGCUGAUCAGUUAAAGAACUCUGGAUCUCAGGAACAUUUCAUUUCUACCGACCUGAUGGAGAACAGUGUAACUGAUGUAUUGGUUCAGAAUCCAAGUGAACCAUUUCACUUUCUGGACAAGGAUUUGUCCUCACCCUCCAAAGACCAUAUGCAUGUCUCUGGAGGGGAUCAAGUUCAAGAGACAUGCCUACUGGAUAAUUCCACAUCUGAAACUCAUCAUGAACCAGUAGAUGAUCUUGGUGUCUUUGAAAGUACAGCAUCGACUUGUACACCCACUUUAAAUCCUCAGUCUUAUGAAUUUAGUGGCAGUAGUCAGCACAUUGAUCAACCAAAUAGUGUUGCCUCAAGCCUUGAAGGAAGUGAACCAAUAUAUGAAGGAGAGGAGUGCAUACUUGAUCCAGGAUUAACAAUUUAUGAAAACCGGGAGCCUAUGUAUGAAGGCGAGAUGGUUCUUGCUGAGCAAGCUGACCAAGGUGCCGGAGAUGGAAGUGAUUUGCAACCCAGGGAUGAAAUCACUCAGCAGAAAGGGGAACUUAUCAAGAAUUUUCUGGGGAACAAUGCGAGCCAACUAACCAUAUAUGGCCUCUUUUGCCUCCAGGAAGGUCUGAAGGAACGGGAGCUUUGUGUUUUCUUCCGCAAUAAUCACUUCAGCACCAUGUUCAAGUUUAACGGUGAACUUUAUCUCUUAGCUACUGAUCAAGGUUACAUAAACCAGCCUGAUUUGGUAUGGGAAAAAUUAAAUGAGGUAAAUGGCGAUACAGUAUUUAUGACAGGCAACUUCAAGGAAUUUAAGGUCGAAAAUCAUGUCAAUGACCAUUGGGAUGAGAGAAAUGCGGUGGCCUGUACUGCUGACUACAUUGCUAGCAUUGAUAAUACUGCAACUGCGGGUUCAACUAUAAACUCUGACCUGCAACUGGCAAUAGCACUACAACAACAGGAAUUUGAUCAGCAGCAGCCUCAACGGCAGAAUACUCAACAAUCAACUGUCAGCAGUUCAAGGCUUGUCACAGGUCCACAGGUGCCAAAGGGUAGUGGCAGCCAUUCAUCUUCAAAGCAGGAAGCCAAGUCAAAAGACAAGUGUAGUGUGAUGUAAAUUUAGCCCAGAGUUAUCAACGUACUGCAAAUGGCGUAAUUUGUUCUGAGACGACUUCCAUAACAGAAAUCAGUACUAUUUUCAUCUCCCAAAUGAGUAUUUUAAUGUAAAUGAAAAAAUAUAAAUAUAUAUAUGUAAAGAUCCAAAUUGUCGCA